GCGAGCGGAGGGUAAGUGGCAGUCAACGUGGUUGCCGCUCAGCCUCAUUCACGUGCAUAGAGAAGAUGUCUGAAGAUGCAGAGAGAGAUGCAGAGCACAGAGAUCAGGAAGGAGGAGAAGCCAACGAGGCUCCAGCUAAGGAAAGUAGAUCCCGGGGGAAGAAAAGGCGUUUGGCUUCGGAAGGUCUCCUGCAGCCGGUGAAGAUCUGCAAGGCGGAACUCUACAAGCCCCCCACCAGCGAAGAACUGAGUCGGCUGAAGGAGACGGAGAACCUCUUCCAUUCCAAUCUCUUGCGCUUGCAGAUUGAAGAGCUUUUGAAGGAGGUGGUGCUCAAGGAGAAGAGGAAACAGAAAAUCGACGCCUUCUUGCACCAAAUCAAUGCCGCGCUGUCCAAGAUCCCGGAGACUCGUGAGGCUGAUAUUGCUGACCAGUCCUGGCUCCCAAAGGAUGUGAAGGUGCCCUUCGUGCAGGUCCCUUUCACUGUGAAGGGCAGGUUCCGCUUCCUGCCCCCUGUGUCGGUGAAGGUAGUGGGGAGUUACCUUCUGGGUACCUGCAUCAAACCUGCCAUCAAUGUCGACGUGGCACUCACUAUGCCUCGGGAAAUCUUCCAGGACAAGGACAACCUCAACCAACGCUACCACCGGAAGCGGGCCCUCUAUUUGGCCUACGUGGCUCACCGCUUGGCCAAGGAACAGCUCCUUGGGAGCGUGAUGUUUGCCUACGCCCAUGGCAACCAUCUCAAGCCAAUGGUGGUGUUGCAGCCCCAGGAGAAAGAUGCCAAGAUGGUGACCGUCCGUCUCUACGCCUGCCCUCCCCAAGGCCUCUUCAAGGCCAGCCGUUUGCAUCCCAGCAAGAACAAUGUCCGCACUGCCUGGUUCACGGAGAAAGGCUCACCUGUGGCAGGAGCCGAUGAGCCACCCACUCCCCACUACAACAACUCCAUUCUGUGUGACCUGAUGAUGGAGUCCCACCUGCUGUUCCUCUCUGAGUCAGCCAGCGACUUCCCAGGCAUGCGGGACGGAGUGGCUCUCCUCAAAGUCUGGUUGCGCCAGCGGGAGCUAGAUAAGGGUUUUGGAUGCUUCAACGGCUUCCUGGCCUCCAUGCUGGUGGCGUAUCUGUUGUCUAAGCACCAGAUCAACAGAGUGAUGAGUGGCUACCAGGUACUGAGGAAUGCCCUCCAGUUCUUGGCCUCUACAGAUCUUACUACAUCUGGAAUCAGCGUCUCAAAGGACACAGACGGCUCGCUGCCUACCCUGACAGACUUCCAUCGAGCUUUCCAGGUGGUCUUUGUGGACCCUUCUGGGCUGGUGAACUUGUGUGCAGAUAUGACUUCCAGCAAAUACAAGCAGCUCCAGUUUGAAGCCAAACACUCGAUGGAUGUCCUGGACGACAAGACAGUGGAUGGAUUUCAGUUGUUACUUAUGACCCACAAACCUCUGAUCCGAGCCUUUGAUCAUGUGUUCCACCUCAAGCACGUCUCCAAGCUUCAGGCGGCCUGCAGGAAGAUGCGGCUUCUCAGUGAACUGCUGGACCACAGUGGGAACUACGUGGCUGCAGCUUUGCCGUUCCUCCUCAGCUUGCUGGAACGUGGGCUGGCCCAGAGAGUGCUAUUGCUGACGCACUCUCUCCCCCAAGUCGCUCCGUGGCCCAUCAAUGUUGAUCCCCCAAAGCACAAAGACACCGGGCCCCUUUCGUUCGGGCUUUUGCUGAGCCCUGACUUCGCUGCCAGCAUCUUGGAGAAGGGGCCGGAAGCGGAUUGUCCUGAGGCAGUGGAGUUCCGGAAGUUCUGGGGAGAGCGGUCGGAACUGAGACGCUUCCAAGACGGGUCUAUCUGUGAGGCUGUUUUGUGGAAUGCUCCCAACCACAGCCAGAAGCGCCUCAUUCCGGAGCAGGUCAUUCGGCACCUCUUGCAGUUACACAUGGACAUUCCUGAAUCUGCCAUCUGCUACACAGGUGCCCUUCUGGAGUCUGUAAUCAAAUUAGGACGGGAGCCGGCAGGCACGGGCGAGGAAGACAUGGUGGACGUCGUCCGCUCCUACGAUGACCUGAGCCGCAAGCUGUGGAACUUAGAGGGGCUGCCGCUGACAGUGACAGCCGUGCAGGGAACGCAUCCCGCGCUUCGAUACACAGAUGUCUUCCCUCCAGUCCCCAUGAAACCAGAUUACGCCUACUACGCCAGGAACAAGGAUCGAGAGUUUCUGGUGCCCUUGGCGGAGAAGCCCUGCCCUGCUUAUGUAGCUCCAAUGAAAGUAAUGUGCCACAUGGAGGGGAGUGGUCAGUGGCCUCCAGACAAGGACGCCGUCCAGCGAGUCAAAGCUGCCUUCCAAGUGAAGCUGGCAGAACUCCUGUACCGGCAACAUCACCUGCUUUGCCGCCCUGGCCCUACCUACACCGAUGUCUAUAAGGAUGGCUACAUUUUCCGUCUCCAAGUGGCCUACCACCGAGAGCCACAGAUCUUGAAAGAGGUGGUCACCCCGGAGGGCAUGCUGAAGUAUCAGGACACUGAGGAGUCCCUGCGGCUCGAAUUGGAGACCAUCCAUUUGCCCUUCGUGACCAGCGCUCUUCAUGGCCUCCAGCAGCAGCACCCGGCUUUUGGGGCCACCUCCCGCCUCGCCAAGCGCUGGGUCAGCGCUCAGCUGUUGAGCGACGGCCUCUCCGAGGAGUGCAUGGAUUUGCUGGUGGCGUCCCUCUUCCUCUGCCCGGCGCCUUUCACGGCACCCAGUUCUCCUCAGGUGGGCUUCCUUCGCUUCCUUCUUCUGCUCACCACCUUUGACUGGAAGAACAGCCCUCUCAUUGUCAACCUGAAUGCUGAACUCAAAGAUGAAGAAUAUGUAGAGAUCAGGAAUGACUUUGUGGCUGCGCGGCCUCGCCUCCCGGCCUUGUUUAUUGCUUCCCCGCGGGACCGUCGGAACUCGAUAUGGACUAAAGAGAGACCUUCAGCACAGAUCCUGCUGCGCCUCCUUGUGCUGGCUCAGGAGUCUCUCCGGACUUUGGAGGAACAGCUUAUGGAUCCUUUGGGAAACCAGGAUGUGAAGGUGGCCUUCCGUCCCCCUCUGGAUUUCUACGACGUCCUCGUCCACCUGAAUCCCAAACAGAUCCCAAGACACUUGCAGGCUGUGGACCGGCCGGUCAAAUCAUUUAGCCGAGGGAUGUUACAAAGUAAUGCUGCAGUGAAAACCUUCGUUUUUCCCGUGGUGGAUUAUGACCCCGUACAACUCUAUCUCCAGGAGCUGCGGGAGGCCUUUGACGACCUUGCCCUGUUCUUCUACGACAAGCAUGGAGGAGAGGUGAUCGGAGUCCUCUGGAAGCCAUCCAGCUUCGAGCCGCAGCCUUUCAAGACAUCCAACAUGCGAGGAAAGAUGGUGCUGGCUGCCGGCACAGAGUCUACUGUUCCCAACGUGGCAGCUAUUUUGGAAGACUUUGAGAUCUUGGGAGAUGGACUGGUCAGAGCGGUGGAGGCCCGAACUGAGAAAUGGUCCAUUUAGAACCUUCUGGAAUCCCGUUGUGUGUCUGAGCGGCUGCUCUGGUAGCUCAAGGCGUGUCCCAACUCAUAACAUUUCACUGUAGAAUUCUCUUACCAGGAAGGUAUUUUUAUUACACAGGAACCUCUUGUAAUCCUGUUUUCUCAUGUACAUUCAAUCCUGACUUCCUUGAUUAAAAAAAAGGACACUUGUUUUUACUGUAGAGAAAUCUAUUAAAACGUUUGCCUCUUGAGGCCGAUGGAAUAAUUUGCGAGUUGCUCCUUCGGUCCGUGGAGUCCUAAUGGAAACCCAGCCGCCUCCCGAAGCUGUCAGGUGUCCUGGGAGAUUCAUUUUGCUCGGAGUUAACACACAUAACAUUCAUUAUUAGAUAGUGUGAGAGAAAAGGUUAAAAAGAUGCGAAACAUCUGAGCUGGACAAGAUUCAGCUGGUGCUAUGGCGGCAGAGAAAAAAAGUUUCAUUGCGCCAUUGCCACCACCUCUGGGGCCUGCGAAUGGGCUCUGUGUUCUGUCUGACUUGACCCGAAAUCAGCCAUGGCCUGGGGAACCCCAAGACGGUGUAGAAGGGCCUCUUGUCUCAAGCCGGCUGAGUCGGCUGAGAUUGAAUCCCUUGAAGACGGAGGUCCUGCAUGUGGGUCUAGGGUCCAUGGGCGUGGGACUCCGGCUCCCUGCUCUCAACGGAGCGCUACUUACGCCGGUGUCGAGAGUGAGGAGCCUGGGGGUGGUCCUGGAUGCUUCCUUGUCUAUGGAGGCACAGGUUGCAGCGGUUGUUAGAUCCUCUUUCUUCUAUCUAAGAUCUUCUUCUAUCUAAGAUAGGCUCGACAAUUUGUCCCCUACCUAUCGACCCAUGACCUCACAACAGUGAUCCAGGCAACGGUCACCUCCAGAUUAGACUACUGCAACUCGCUCUACGCGGGGCUUCCCUUGGGCUUGAUCCGGAAACUGCAGCUGGUUCAGAAUGCAGCUGCACGGGUGGUUGCUGGAGCACCAAUCAUGGCUCAUAUAAUACCCAUCCUCCGUCAGCUGCACUGGUUACCGGUUGAGUACCGGGUCCGGUUCAAGGUCUUGGUGUUGACCUAUAAAGCCCUAUGCGGACUGGGCCCAGCAUACCUUCGGGACCGCCUCUCCCCAUAUGUUCCCCGGAGGUCGCUUCGAUCAGCCACUAAGAACUUGCUGAUGGUCCCUGGCCCCAGGGAGGUCCACCUGGCCUCUACCAGAGCCAGGGCUUUCUCAGUUCUGGCUUCGACCUGGUGGAACUCUCUGUCUGAGGAAACUAAGGCCCGGCAGGAUUUGUUAUCUUUCCGCCGGGCCUGCAAGACGGAGAUGUUCCACCGGGCAUUUGGUGGGGGCUAGGCUGUCCUCUCGCUGGCCAGACCACUGAAGACCCUCCACCACCCAUGCAGGACAAUGCUGCAUUUUAAUAUUUAAUAUUCUACACCCGCCAAUUUUAAUGUUUUUUAUAUGAUGUUUUAAUGUUUUUAUAAUGUUUUUACUGUUUUUAAUUUGUUGCCAAACCGCCCUGAGCCCGUCUGACGGGGAGGGCGGUCUAAAAAUGUAAUUAAAUAAAUAAAAGCCUCAGCCAGCCCAUUUUCUCCCACAGGAAAGCAAAUCCAGUGUAUGCCAUUGUUCAUGUGUUGGGACCAGACCCCCAAUCAGGAGGAAUGUGCAUGGAGGCGGAAAUCUCCCCCCAGACAAGCCGCUUCAGGGGCUCCAGCACCAAGUUUCAGACCCACUCAGACUGGGAGCCUAGCUAGGUGAACAACGCAAGAAUAAGACUUCUACCCUGCCCUUAGAAUUCAGCUCAAGGAACAGACCCAGCUAGAGGGUGGCUGGCUUUGCUUGUAUCGGCUAGAGGGAAAAGAUUCUUGGUGGGCAGAGAAGGGAGUAUGAGGAAAGGGCCUGGCUUUAACAAAUAAGACAUCAGAUUUGGCAUUCCUUCAUCUCCAACGAUCCCAGCCUACAUUAAACUCUUAACAGUUCCUCGCUAUUGCAGAGCGUUUAUGCUCGCACGUCUGAAUGCUACUCCUUCAGCAGUUUUACUUGGGAGAUACCGUAAUUUACCCUAUUUGGAUAAACUUGGCAAAUGCGACAUGAAAAAGGCUGAUUCUUUGCCCCGUGUAAUACUGGAAUGCCCUCGUUAUAAUUCUGAUCAUGAACUGUAAAUUACUCCUAUUUUAA